AUGUACGUCUUGCUUUCUUUGUCUAUCCGCUCGCCAUGGUUUUCAUCUUUCAUCUUCAUCAGCUACCUCGUCUGUUUCCUGCUAACCAACAUCUUUGUACAAAAGACGAUGCACCAGGGUGUUGUCCGCGAUAUGGAGCGACAGCGCGUCAAGAGAGAGCGUGAGCUGGAUUUUGAUAUGCAGCGCCAGUUGGAGGCAGAGUACAAGCUUGAACAGAACGUUCACAACUCACUGGAACCUCUGGGCAACAAUUCUGCUCCGCCAAAGUAG